UAGCAGCAGCAGCAGCGGCAGCAGCAGCAGCAGCUGGGAGAGCUAAAUCAACACGAAGAUGACCUAGAGAGCACAAAAGAGUCUCCUAGCUCUUACGCAUUGUCACUUGGUGCUCAAGCUCGCCGACUGUGUUGAAAAGUGGAUAUUUCUACGAUGGAGGGAGCUGUCAGGAUUGUGCUUUUGUCGGCCUUUUUCUUGGCUUCGCAGGUACAUUGCCAGGAGGCCAUCUUGCACAUUUCUAACCAGAUCGCAGGGAGUAGAGAGUACUGCAUUGUACACAAUCACUCUUGGACGCCACUUUCACAAUCUCUAGAUGCUGCGCCACAGUUCCUGUUGGUGAAUAUGAUCUCCACAAUGCUGUGUGACAGCACAGGGGUCUCUCCAAGCACAGUAAAUGGAAGUGCGCUGGUUGUGAUGAGGGGAGACUGUAAUUUCAGCCAAAAGGCUGUUGUUGCUCAGAGUCUUGGAGCUGCUGCCUUGCUCAUUGCCAGCAACGACACAAUGGUCACCCCGUCAGCUAAUAACUCAGACUAUGGAAAAGUCCAUAUUCCCCUGGCUCUCAUGAGGUACCGGGAUUUCCGGGAAGCACAAACGGUGUUUGGUGACACAAUGCAGGUGAAGCUGUAUGCUCCACCCUUGUCAAAGGUUGAUCCCAGCGUUGCUGUCAUCUUGCUGAUCUCUAUUGUCACGGUGUCCCUCGGUGGCUACUGGAGCGGUGCCUGUGAAAGGGACCGGUUGGAGAGUCGGUCGAGUAAUUCAGAGGCUGGAGGAGGAGACGGCAAAGCAGACAGCGGAGAGCUUUUCCUGUAUUCUCCCCUCAAAGUGAUAUUUUUUGUGGCCAUGAUGUGUGGAAUGCUGGUCCUCAUGUACUUCUUCUAUAAUGUACUCGUUUAUGUCAUCAUUGCCAUAUUCUGCCUGGCGUCUGCCUCGGCGCUCUACAGCUGCUUCGAUGCAGUGAUGGAAAAAAUUGGCUGCGGCGCUUUAAGCUUCUCUGUCCGAAACUGGAACUGCUCUGUGAGGUCUCUUCUGCUCGCUGCUGUGUGCAUCAGCAUCGCUGUGGUCUGGGGAGUGUACAGAAAUGAAGACAGAUGGAUCUGGAUCUUGCAGGACCUUCUUGGCAUCGCUUUCUGUCUCAACUUCAUGAAGACCAUUUCACUGUCCAAUUUCAAGAUCUGUGUGAUUCUGCUGAGCCUCCUGCUUGUGUAUGAUGUCUUCUUUGUUUUCAUCACUCCUUUCUUCACCAAGAAUGGAGUCAGCAUCAUGGUGCAAGUUGCUCUGGGCCCAGACGCAGCUGGAGAAAGGACACAAGGUAACACGGUGGAGGUCCCUGCUGAACCCCAGGCUCCCUCUGAGAAACUACCAGUGGUGAUGCGCGUCCCACGAUUCUCGGCCUGGGCUCAGAACCUGUGCGGGAUGCAGUUCUCCAUUCUGGGUUAUGGAGAUAUCAUUGUACCAGGUCUCCUUGUGGCCUACUGCAGCAGGUUUGAUGUUUGGGUUAACAGCCGACGGAAGGUCUACUUUGUCAGCUGCUGCUUUGCCUAUUUCCUGGGAAUGAUCCUGACAUUUGCAGUGAUGUUGCUGUCAGGGAUGGGCCAGCCUGCCCUUCUGUACUUGGUGCCCUUCACCCUGAUCACCUCUGCAGUGGUGGCAGGGUGUCGGGGUGAGAUGAAGCAGUUCUGGGCUGGAACCAUGUACGAGGUGUUGGACUCAUCCAGGGAACCUUUACUGUCAGAGGGAAGAACUGAUCGAUCCUUAGAAGGUGAACGAUGCUGACGUCCAGCGUUGAGCACCAACCCAACAGCUGGAUACCUUUACUAAAAUGAAAUUGUGAUAUUUGCAAAGCAAGGGAACUUGUGCUACUGAUCAAAAAAAAAAAAUCUGAAAAUGGUAAGGUUGUUUUUGACUGACAUGAAUGCUUGGGAGCUUAAUCAAUGCUUUGUAGCAGACAGGUGUUGGAGUAAAGAAAACACUUGUUCAGUGCCUGAAAGGUUUGUUCGAUUAACUUUCGAAAAAAUGGAAGAAUUUGUCUUGGUGAUGAUUGCAGACUACAAAAUGAGAAUGCACUUUAUAAUAUCCAGUUUGACAGUUGUUUUCCUCUGGGCAGGGCUGGGUGGUUGGGGUGUUAACUACUAUAUCAUAACACAUUUUGAUAACUGGGGUUUCUGUGUUUCUGUUUGUAAGAUGUGGUUUCUCUUACUGCCUUAAAAUAAAGGAACUUUUAUUUA